AUGUUUCACGGCAACUUGGCCAGAACAAAAGAGGCAACUUUGACUCACACGCGUGCGGUAGAACCAUCGGGGGCAACACCUCGCUGCACUGGUCAGUCUUUGGUCCAGAUCCGCACCGUUCUCCUUCGUUCUAGAGUUGUCUUCUGCAUCUCGACAGCACCACGGACUAGCUACAAGGAGAAGAAGAAGAAGAAGACGCUCCGUUCAUUUCAUUCUGCAAUUUGCAGCAAAGGCGAGUCACAACCUCAACCUCCACCUGAACCUCCACCUCCACCACUCGACAGCUUGAGUCCUCGCUCAGCAGCAUUCAACCGUCCAGCAGCAACCAUGAAAGUCUUGGUUUUCUCGAUCUUUAGUCUUUCUGCGGCCUUGCCAGCAUCAGCUGGUACCCCCAAGUACGACGAGGACCUCGGCUGCUGGCCAAUCAGCGUCGAGCGUGACGCCACCUACUGCAUCGACGGGCCCGUCUGCAGCGGCGAAGGCUCGUCGCCUGCCGGAUCCUCGUGCCCUGUCAAAGGUGAUGUGGCGAUCGCCGACUGUGACUCGAAUGUCACUCGCGACAGUGUCGGCGACUACUGCGAGCUGUCAGUCGACACCGUCUGUGAUGUCAUUCACACGGGGGCCUGGGGAUGCGUCAUCCCAACAAACGACCACGCCGACUCUUCUAAACAUAACCGUCCGCACCACCGUAACUCGAGCGACCGUAACUCGCACGACCGUAACUCGCACCACCGUAACUCGCACCGCGGUGCCCAUCACCACCGUAACUCCCACGACGGUAACUCCAAAGACCGACACUCCCACCAUGGCGAUGACUCCCACUACGGUAGUCAGAACCAAGACUCGUCCUACUAUAACAGCGACAGUGGCAGAAACAGCGGCAGCUACGAAUGUGAUGACGAACACAACAACGGCCACCACAUGAGCGAUCGACAAAACAGCGACAGCUAUGGAGAGGGUAAGUACAACAGCGGUGACCACAUGAGCGACUACCACCACAACAGCAACAGCAACAACAGCAACAGCUACGGAGAGAACGAGUCCGCCAAUCACGACGGCAAGAAUGACAACACCAACGAUGACAAGAACAGCAACAACGACAAGAACGACGACGACACCGAGGACAACAACAGAUACGAAGGUGGCCACCGCACCAGCGAUUACCACAAGAGCGGUGGCUAUGGAGAGGGUCACUACAACGGCGGCCACCACAACAGUGGUAGCUACGAAAAGUGGUAG